AGGAGGAGGAGGAGGAGGAUGAAAGGAGCAUCAGGGGUGAGGGAGGGAUGAAGGGUGUGGUGGAAGUAUAAAGCCUCUUUGCAUCCACUUCCUCAUCACUUCGGCCGCGCUCCCACUCUUCAGCUCCUCUCCACGCUCCUGUGUCGAGAAAAACAACCAAUCAGCCAUUAUGUCUCAGAUCCAGCAAGCCAUGGCUCUCCUCAUCGACUGCUUCCAGAAGUACGCCGGCAAGGAGGGCGACAAGAACACUCUGAACAGAGGAGAGCUGAAGGAACUGCUCCAGAAGGAGUUCGGGGGGCCGCUGUCGAAAUCCAACGACAAGGCGGCCAUCGAUCGCAUCUUCAAGGACCUGGACGCCAACAAAGACAACAGUGUGGACUUCCGGGAAUACGUCAGCCUGGUCGCCUGCCUCACUCAGUUGUGCUUCGAGUCCUUCACCACAAAAUAGAAAAUCCCUCUGUGAAAAGACGCAUAUUUGAUGUCUCAAGAAGGCCCACAGUCAUAGUCAAUGAUAUCGUAUCUCAUAACACAAUAAAAGUCACCAAAACAC